AUGAAAAUAAUUUACCAAAAAAUUAAAGUUUUUGAUACACAUAUAGAAAAAGAAUUCUGCUUUAACAAUAAUAAUAAACAAAUUGUUUCUAUUUGGCUUACAUUAACUGAAGACAAAGACAAAGAAUUUGGUCAUUCAAAAUUACUAGAAGAAGACAUAAAAACUGAUAAGAUCUUGAAUAAGAAAGAAAGCAAAGAAUUC